AUGGAAAAUAAUUUCGGCAUUGGUGAUGUUAAUGAAGAAGAUAACAAAACAGCGUUAUCAGUUAAUAAAUUAAAUGAAGAAAAGGAAUUAAUUCAAACAACUUUCUCAAUUUCUUCAUUUAAUAAUGAAAAUGAAUCUUUUAGUUCUUUAACUGACAAUUCAGAAUCUACAGAAGAAUUAAAUGAAAGAAAAUUAUCUCCUCGUUCAGCACUUAUUCCCUUUGUGGACCCUUUAUGUAAUCCAAAAAAACCAGUUAAAAUACAAUUUUCUGAUAUUUCAUCAGCAGCGUUUAAUAUAAGAGAUGGAAUUGUUAGAACACCCACAAUGAGAUCCAAAAGUUUUUCAUCAAUGUUCGGAGUCGAUCUAUACCUCAAACGAGAAUAUCUACAUGUAACUGGUAGUUUCAAGGAGAGAGGUGCUCGUUUUGCAUUAAUUCGACUUAACGAAGAACAAAAACGUAUUGGAGUUAUAGCAGCUUCUGCAGGAAAUCAUGCUCUAGCUUUAGCCUAUCAUGGUCAACAAUUGGGAAUUCCAGUUACCGUAGUCAUGCCUAAAUGUGCUCCCUUAAUGAAAAUAAAUUCUUUUAUUUUACAUGGUUUAAAUAUACAAGAAUGUAAAUUACAUGCAUAUGAAUUAGCACAAGAAAAUAAACAAAAAUAUAUUAAUGGAUUUGAUAACCCUGAUGUUAUUGCUGGACAAGGCACAAUUGGAUUAGAAAUUUUAGAGGAGGUAAAAGAUGUUGAUGCAAUCCUUGUUCCAGUUGGUGGCGGAGGUCUAAUUGCCGGUGUUGCUUUAGCUGUUAAAACACUUAAACCUGAAGUUUCCAUUAUUGGAAUAGAAUCAGAAAUCUGCCCAUCCUUCGCUAAUGCACUAAAUGGCACAAACGACCCUCUAUUUCCCGAUCAAAGUUUAGCCGACGGUUUAUCAGUCCCCACAGUAGGAAGCAAUGCUUUACUCAUUGCUCAAGGGUUAAUUGAUCAAAUGAUUACUGUUUCUGAAGGCUCUAUUGCUUUGGCUAUUCUACGCCUUAUUGAGGUAGAAAAAUCAGUUGUGGAGGGAGGAGGCGCGGUUGGACUUGCUGCUUUGGUAUCUGGAAAGCUUGACCAUUUAAGAGGAAAAAGAGUAGUGGCAAUUCUGACAGGUGGAAAUAUAGACACUACAGUUCUUGGAAGAACAAUUGAACGGGGUUUGGCUGUCGAUGGUCGACUAAUUAAAUUUGACGUUGUUGUUUCUGAUCGUCCUGGAGGCAAUUAAAAUUUAAUUUGAAUAAAUUUAAAUAAGAAAUUAAAAAAAGGAAUUGCCGAAUUGACAGCGGAAAUAGCAAAAAUAGGUGCUUCUAUCAAAGAAAUAUUUCAUGAACGUGCCUGGUUAUCAGCUAAUAUUCAUUCAGUUAUGGUUAAAAUUGUUUGUGAAACUAGAGGGGAACAACAUGUACAGGAAUUAAUUGAAAAAUUAAAUAAAAAAUAUAAACAGGUAUUUUGAUGGAAAUUAAUAAAAAUAUAUCUUUUUUAGAUAAAUUUUCCAAAAUCAAAUUCAAUUUAUUAUGGAAUGAAUAAUAUUUGUAU